AUGGUUGAGGUCGACCAUGAGGUUGUGAUUGCAGCUGAUCGCGCGGAACCUGACGACAUCGAAUUGUGCUCAAUGCCCUCCCCGCGACGAAUUCCCAGCAACACCGACCGGCUUGGACAGUUCCAUCCCGCGGUCGCGUUCCCGCAUCUGACGCGAAUCCAGAACACUGCUCCUUCGACCUACAGCCUCAGCAACUCCUUCUUUCAAUACCGGAUAGAGAAUGGACGAACCUACCACCGAUACAAAUACGGCAGUGAGAUAGCCUCCGAACACCUCUCCCUCCCUCCCCUUUCAACUCCUGCAGAAAUGACACGCUAUCUGCUAACGAAUUGA